CGCCCUACGAACGCGGUUGGUGGCCUGCGUUACGGACCGCGCGGAUCCGGCGGUUAAUCGCCCUAAACUCACUCCACCACCACCAGUACCUCUCUCACACGCGCCUUCAUUUCCUUCCCUCCUUCCUUCCCCUGCCCGCCCUGAGCCAGCCAGCCAGCCAGCCAGCCUUGACUGUUGCUUCGCGGCGCCGCCCCCCGUCUCUCGCCCGCAGCGUCCAGAACAAUCCCUCCCCCGCUCCGUCCGUCGACAACGUCGACACACCGACCGACCCGUCGAUUCAGACGCCACCUUCCCCUCCCCCUCCGCUCCGUCACCCCCCACAUUCCACGCAUCUCGAUCGAACCUCUCUUGCCUUUUACCGCCCACCCAGCCCUUCGCCCGCUCCCGAGAAAGAUAACCAGGACGGACGGAGGGAGGGAGGGGGGAAAGCGCGGCGCGCAACCGGAGCACUGGUCCGGCCGGAGCACGGGAGCAGAGCCCGUAGCGGAGCGCCGACCGGCCGCGCAGGCGGAUCGAGGAGCUGGUGGCCGUUUCGAUUGCAGAGUCGUACGUAACCGUGCGUGUCAUGAAGAAGAAAGACGCGGGAGGUGGCGGUGGCGGUGGGGGUGGAGCGCUCGUCGCCGUCCCGUGCGUGGACAUCAAGCUCUUCGUCGCCUCGCUCGCCUUCCUCACGCUCUUCGUCGCGUUGUGGCAGCUCCAGCCCUACGGCUCCCUCCUCGCCGCCGCCCGCUCCUCCGCAUCCGCGCCCCCCUGCGCCCUUCCCCUCGCCACAACCUCCGCUGCCGCCGCCAGCAACAUCAACAACACUGAGGUUCACUCCGCCAACUCGACGUCCUCCAACGCAGCUACCAAGGGCGCACCGGUGGCGACGUCGGCUCCGGCCACGGCCGCCGUCGCCGCUGUUCCGAUGCGGUUGGCGAAGCCGGCGCCGCGGACGGAGGACCCGAACACGAACAAGCCGGUGCUCACUCGGCCGCCCGUAAGCGCGGCGGCGCGGACGGAGGACCCGAGCACGAACAAGCCGGUGCUCACUCGGCCGCACGUAAGCGCCGCGGCGCGGACGGAGGACCCGAACACGAACAAGCCGGUGCUCCCUCGACCGCACGUAAGCUCGGCGGCGCGGGCGGAGCAGCCGAACACGAACAAGCCGGUGCUCCCUCGGCCGCACGUAACCGCGGCGGCGCGCGCGGAGGAGCCGAAAAGGCCGGUGCCCCGGCCGUCCGGCAGCGCGGCGGUGCGCCUGGAGGACCCGAAAAGGCCGGUGCUCCGGCCGUACGGCAGCGCGGCGGCGCUGUUCGUGCAGAUGGGCGCGUACCGGGGCGGGCCGCGGACGUUCGCCAUCGUGGGGCUGGCGUCUAAGCCCACCCACGUGUUCGGCACCCCCUACUUCAAGUGCGAGUGGCAGCCCAACCCGAGCGCCGCUGACCCGGCGCCGCCCGCCGUCCGGACCAAGGCCUACAAGAUCCUGCCGGACUGGGGGUACGGCCGCGUCUACACCACCGUCGUCGUCAACUGCACCUUCCCCUCCAACCCCAACGCGGCCAACGCCGGCGGCAGGCUGCUCGUCCACGCCUACCACUCCACGGCCUCCCGCCGGUACGAGCGCUUCGUGGCGCUGGAGGAGGCGCCGGGCGCCUACGACGAGGCCAUCUUCAGCCCGCCGUUCCAGUACGACUACCUCUACUGCGGCUCCUCGCUCUACGGCAACCUCAGCGCCAGCCGCAUGCGCGAGUGGGUGGCCUACCACGCGCACUUAUUCGGGCCCAGGUCGCACUUCGUCUUCCACGACGCCGGCGGCGUCAGCCCGGAGGUGAGGGCGGUGCUGGACCCGUGGAUCAGGGCGGGGCGGAUCACGGUGCAGGACAUCCGGGCGCAGGCCGAGUUCGACAGCUACUACUACAACCAGUUCCUGGUGGUGAACGACUGCCUGCACCGGUACCGGCACGCCGCCAACUGGACCUUCUUCUUCGACGUCGACGAGUACCUCUACCUGCCCAACGGCCAGGCUCUGGACCAGGUGCUCGGCAAGCUCUCGGGCUACACGCAGUUCACCAUCGAGCAGAAUCCCAUGUCCACCAAGCUCUGCGUCAAGAAUCCGAGGAAUGAUUACUCAAGGGAAUGGGGAUUCGAGAAGUUCGUGUUCCGGAACUCGAUCACGAGGGUCCGGCGCGACCGCAAGUACGCGAUCCAGGCGCGGAACGCGUAUGCGACCGGGGUGCACAUGUCGCAGAACGUGUACGGGAGGUCGACGCACAAGACGGAGGCCCUCAUCAGGUACUACCACUACCACAACUCCAUCAACGUGCUGGGGGAGCCCUGCCAGGAGUUUGUGCCGCGGCCCGGCGGCGGCCGCAAGGUUACGUUUGAGGGCGUCCCCUACGUGUACGACGACGCCAUGAAGCGCCUCGCCGGCGAGAUCCGGCGGUUCGAGAACCAAACCAUCGGAUCAUCUCUUACAUAAUAUAACAAACAGCAGCUGGAGGUGGCUGCUGCCUGCUGGUACAUAUACGCCGAUGUUUAUUUAGGAUGUGUGGAGAGUCUGUUUUAUUAGAGGCAGGUCGGCUGGUGUAAAGUUUUGGUUCUUCUUUGGGAUGGCCCUUCACUUAAUGGGGAUCUGCUUUUUGCUGCGUUUUCUUCGUCUUUCUCUUCACCUUUUUCUGCUUGUCCCCCACAUCCGUUUUAUAGAUCUGUGUAGAGUGAUGAUGUUGGCUUUUUACUGCUGCUAGAUUCUUUCAUCUCCUUCUGGGGUCACUUCACAUACUACAAAGUGUCAAAAAGUGAGGCGUUUCUGCUUUUUGUUGCUA